AUGUCUAUAGAUAGAUUCAAUUGGACAUUUCCAACAAAAGUUGAGACUACUUAUUUAAAAAAUUCAGUCGCAAUGACUGAAUAUGAUUGUUCUACAUACAAUCUCAAAUAUCUUGUGAUGUUUUUUCAAGGAACAAAUGGCGCAAUGUAUUUUAAUUCAACCUUUGUUUAUGGACCCCAAAAAGUUGGAGGUGUAGGCACAUCAUAUUAUCCAAGUGCCACACAAUUCUACAAAGAUGAUAGUAUUUAUGUAUUCCAUCAUGGUAAAGAUCCAGCUGCUUAUGCUUUAUGGGAUUCUAUUUUUGUUACUUGUAUUGGAACCGAUAAUUGUGUAUAUUGGCUCAAAACUCAAGAUGGAAAGAAUUGGACCUAUCCAAUAAAGAUAUCUAAUGAAACAACCGAUUGUGGUCCAACUUUAUGCAAUAACAGCAAUACUUUGGUUUGUUUUAUUAAAGGUCAAGGUGGUAUAUUGAAAAUGUCUACCUUUGACCGUAGUCUAAAUAGCUGGAGUGAAUUUACUACACCUACCUAUUAUUGGGCAUACAAAGGUGGAUAUGUUCCAAUUAAUCUUGAUACAGCUCCAACAUCGGUCUAUCUCCCCAAUGGUAAAGUAAUGGUACUCUGGCAAGACCCAAGCGAUGACAACUACAUUACAUAUUCAACAUUUGAUGGUAAGAGUUGGGCCUUACCAGUUGUGGUUGGUACUGGCACAUAUGAAAAAACACCUUAUCCAGUUGAUUCGGUUUUUCCAAAAUUAUCAAACAUUUUAUAA